UACCUUUUCGUUCACUUCAUGAGUUUCCUAUUUUAGAUUUUGGCGGUGUAGUGAAAAAGAAAACAAAUUCAAUGGCAGAAACACCUAAUGAGUUUAAGCUAAAGAAUGCCCCUGAUGAUGGGAUUUCUGCGGUUAAGUUUGGCACGACCAAUCAGUUUCUCUUGGCUUCUUCCUGGGAUUGUACCGUUAGACUGUAUGAUGUCAUCGCCAACAACAUGAGAAUCAAGUACAACCAUGCUGAGCCUGUGUUAGACUGCUGCUUCUAUGAUGCAGUGCACUCCUACAGUGGGGGACUAGACUGUACUCUUAAAAUGUUUGACUUCAACACUAGCACAGAACAGAAUGUAGGUCAGCAUGACGAUCCUAUCCGUUGCGUGGAGUACUGUCCGGAGGUUAACGUCAUCAUCACGGGAAGCUGGGACUCCACGGUCAAACUCUGGGACCCCCGGGCGCCGUGUGCUGCGGGCUCCUUCAGUCAACCCGACAAGGUAUACACAAUGUCUGUGUGCGGGGAUAGACUUGUGGUCGGUACUGCUGGACGACGGAUCCUGGUUUGGGAUCUGAGGAACAUGGGAUAUGUCCAGCAGCGAAGAGAGUCCAGUCUCAAAUAUCAAACUCGCUGUAUCCGAUGCUUCCCAAAUAAACAGGGAUAUGUACUCAGCUCUAUAGAGGGGAGAGUUGCCGUGGAGUAUUUAGACCCCAGUCCAGAAGUCCAAAAGAGGAAAUACGCAUUUAAAUGUCACAGAAUUAAAGAGAAUGGCGUGGAGAAGAUUUACCCUGUUAACGCUAUCGCCUUCCACUCACAUCACAACACGUUUGCAUCUGGAGGAUCAGAUGGAUUUGUCAACAUCUGGGACGGAUUUAACAAAAAGAGACUUUGCCAGUUUCAUAGGUACCCCACGGGGAUAGCAUCAUUAGCUUUCAGCCCUGACGGUUCUGUGUUAGCCAUUGCGUCAUCCUACAUGUACGAGAAUGACGAGCCAGUGGAACCAACAGAGGAUGUGAUCUAUAUCAUAAACGUCAGCGACCAGGAAACCAAGCCAAAGUCAUGAUGUCAAGGUCAUUAGACCAAGGUCAUGGUUGUAUAAUGUGUUCAGAGGGAGAGAUCACAGGAAUUUUACAUAAAAACUUAAUAUUGACUCAGUGACUUCAUUAUUACCAGGAUAAAUGAUGUUAUUUUUUAGUCAUUUGUCAAUGACCUCUAGUGACUGUAUUGUUGUUAGCAGGACAAUGUACGGCCAUUUCUUCUGUAAUUUGUCAAUUUCAGUGUUUUAACAAUUCCUGAGUGAGGAACUUCAUGUUUUAUACAUUUUGUGUCACUUUCUUAUUAAAAUCGAUGUUUGUAACUUUA